AUGCUGACGGUGGCGCGCGCGUGUCGACGGCGCGCCGCGCGCGCGGUCCGGCGCGGCGUCGCGGACGCGCGCGCGACGCGCGGGGCGUCGACGACGACGGAUCGCGCGUGGGACACAUCUUCAUCAUCUGCGUCGGCGUCGGCGCGGACGUCGACGGCGCGGACGACGAGGCGCGGACGGGCGACGGAGCGCCUGGCGUUCCGCGCGGAGACGAAACGAUUGCUGGACAUCGUGACGAACUCGCUGUACGAGGACAAGGAGGUGUAUCUGCGAGAGCUGGUGUCGAACGCGAGCGACGCGCUGGAGAAGGCGCGACACGCGGCGCUGACGGAGACGCCGAACGAGGAGGAACUCGCGAUAAAGAUCGCGACGGAUGAGGGCGAGGGGAAGGUGCUGGUGGUGUCGGAUAACGGGGUCGGGAUGACGCGGGAGGAGCUGAUGGAGAAUUUGGGGACGAUCGCGCGGAGCGGGAGCAAGGCGUUUUUGGAGGGGUUGGACGCGGACGCGGACGCGGCGUCGAACAUCAUCGGGAAAUUCGGCGUGGGGUUCUACGCGAGUUUCAUGGUGAGCGAUAAGGUGGAGGUGAUCUCGAACGCGGGCGCGCGAGGGGAUGGGAAGGCGUGGAAGUGGAGCUCGACCGGGGAUGGAGAGUUUACGAUUGAGGAGGCGACGGAGAGCGACGAGGCGCCGACGCGGGGGACGAAAAUCGUGAUGCACAUCAAAAGCGACGAUAAACACUUGACGUCCAAGUGGGGGGUGGAGACGGUGCUGAAAAAGUACAGCUCGUUCGUCGCGUUCCCGGUGCUGUUGAAUGGGCACAAGAUGAACGACGUCGGGGCGCUUUGGAUGAAGGAUGAAAAGGACAUAACCGACGACGAUUCCAUCGCGUUUUACCGCUUUGUGAGCGGCGCGAGCGACAUGCCGCCGUUUCGCAUGUCGUUCAAAGCCGAUGCGCCCAUGACGAUUCGAAGCUUGCUGUACUUUCCCGAAGAAAAUCCCGAACGCGUCGCCGGAUUCGGCGGGCAGACGAAUUCGGGCGUGUCGCUGUACGCCAGGCGCGUGAUGAUUCAAGAGAAGACGGAAAAAUUGCUCCCGGCGUUUUUGCGCUUUGUGCGCGGCGUGGUCGAUUGCGAAGACAUCCCGCUGAACAUCUCGCGCGAGUCGCUUCAAGAUUCCAUGCUCGUCAUGCGGCUCGGCCAAAUAAUCACAAAGCGCGUGCUCAAGUUUUUGGAUGAAAAGGCGAAGAAGGAGCCGGAAAAGUACAACAAAUGGUUCGCCAAUCUCGGCUUCUUCUUGAAGGAGGGCGUGUGCUCGGAGUACGCGUACAAACUCGAACUCGCAGAGCUGUUGCGUUACGAAUCGAGCUCGACGGAGACUGGAAAAUUGACGUCUUUCCGCGAGUACGCCGCGCGCAUGCCCGAGGGACAAGACAAAGUGUAUUACAUCGUCGCGCCGUCGCGGCUGCAAGCCGAAGCGUCGCCGUAUUUGGAAGCGGCGAAGUCGCGGGGCUACGAAGUUUUGUUCUUGUACGCUCACAUCGAUGAGUUCGUGAUGCAGCACUUAAUGAGCGUCGCGGGCAAGCAAUUGGUGAGCGUUGAAGCCGCAAAUCUCGACGUCGACGGCGAAAAAGCCGACGGUGAAGAGUCAAAAUCAAACGACGCCGCGGCGUUGGACGACGCCGCGGGCGCGGAACUUUGUAAGUGGUUCAGCGACGACGCUCUCGCGGGAAAGCUCAAGGAGGUGAAGCUGAGUAACAGAUUGGUGAGCUCUCCCGCGCUCAUCUCCGGACACGAGCCCGAAGCCAUGAGACGGUACCGCAUGGUUCAAACCAUGGCGAGCGACGCGGCGGCGAGUAAAAAGCUCGCCGAGAUGUCCAACGACUUCUCCAUGAUGACGCUCGAGUUGAAUCCGAAACACGAAAUGAUCAAAAGGAUCAACGCCGCGCGCACGAGCGAAGACGCCGGCACGCGAAGAUUAGCCGCGCUGGUCGCCGAACAAAUAUUUGACAACGCGCGCGUCGCCGCGGGAUCUUUAGACGAUCCUCGAGCGAUGCUCGGUCGUCUGAACGAAAUUCUCGAAAAGACGCUUCCGGCGAAGGAGUAG